AUGGCCCAACAGGCGGCUUUAACACCACUCCGGGCGACCUGGAGGGCGGUCACAUGGGAAGGCGACGGCGACGCGGGUCACCCGCAUAAUUGGAGCGACAUGCAUAAAUGGGCCAUCACGGUGCUGCUGUCCCUGGGUGGGCUGGUGACGCUCACGUUCGGGGCGAUGCUGGCGCCCGCGCUUUCUUCCAUUGCCUCAGAUCUCGGAACGAGUCAGGAUGAGGCGCAGAUCUUCCUGUCCAUCUUUGUCUUGUCCUUUGCUUUCGGCCCGAUGGUGCUCGCGCCUCUUGCGGAGACGUUUGGGCGGCGGCAGGCCUGGAUCGUCCCCAACUGCUUCUAUAUCCUGUGGAAUACUGUGUGCGGGUUCAUCGUGACCGCCGGCUUGCUGAUCGCUGGUCGGCUUCUCGCUGGCAUCGGUGCAAGCGUAGACUUUGCACUCACGAACCCCGUUCUAGCGGAUCUCUGGCCGCCAUCGCAGGGCAACAAGUCGUUCGCCAUCGCGACCUUCCUCGCCCUACUUGGGCCAGCGUUGGGCCCCAUUGGCGGCGGUGCCGUGACGCAGACAAUCGGUUGGCGCUGGAUCGUUUGGAUCCUUUCCAUCUUCGACGGUGUCCUUGUUCUAGUGGGGCUCGCGGUCGUUCGCGAGACAUACGCGAUCAUCCUUCUGCGCCGGUGGGCGGCAACCCUUCGCAAACAGACGAACCAGCCUUACCAAGUCGCCAACAACGACGGCGGGAGCGACCCGCUCACAUCAAAGCUCUCCAGGGCUCUGACCCGCCCGGUCCGACUCCUCGCGACGCAGCCUGCGCUGCAGAUCAUGUCCCUGUUCCUGGCUUACAACUUUGGGGUCCUCUACGUCGUCCUGUCCACCUUUGCCAGCCUGUGGGUGGAACGGUACCGCCAGACCGAGGCGCAGAGCGGACUGCAAUACCUUGCGCUAGUCAUCGGGUACACGCUGGCGGCCCAAGUCGGCGCCCGAGCCACAGACCGCCUGUGGAGGCACCUGAAGGAGAAGAAGAAGAAGGCCCGUGGCGACGGGGACGCCGUGCCCGAGUACUGUGCGCCGCUGAUGGUGCCCGGCGCCAUGCUGAUCCCGGCGGGCUUUCCUUUCCUUCGCAGCAUCGCCGGCUUUGCCUUUCCGCUCUUCGCGCCGCUCAUGUACCGCAGUCUGGGGUACGGUUGGGGGAACAGCUUCUUGGCCUUUGUUUCGCUCGCCUUGGGCCUGCCGGCGCCGCUGUUGAUCUGGCCGUACGUGGCUAGGAUUCGCGCAAAGGGAAAGCCGCAGUCGUAG